UGUGUCCACUUGCAUCUUUGCACAUUGCGAAAAAAAUUCGGAGAAGUAGACAGAGCUGUGGUGGUUUGGUGAGAAUUUUUCAUUAAGUGUUAGUCCUAAAUUCCUGAUCCCUGUUCACGAAGUAGUCAAAUACACUUGUCUUAAGGUGGACACCAAAUAUACUGGCAAGAGAGUUUAUAUUAUUGCGUCUCAAAAAUAACACGGUGUCAAUCGCCAAAACUACCUUCGCUUUUUAACAUGUAACAUCAGGACUCCUUUCAGAAUGUCGGCUCGCAAAAUAUCAAUACUUUACGAUAACUCUCCGGAUAGCCUUUUAGAUCUGGCUUUGGAAUGCUUCAUUGACAAUUUAUCUAUAUACACCAAAUGGGACCGUGAAUGGGACUGUUGGGCCUUCAAGGAAGGUAUAAUAUUGCCCGCAGAGAUUUGUGAAAGAUUUUUGAAGGUAUAUCAACAAAAGGAUCGCGUUGACAAUCGCUUAGUAGGCUUGUUCCGUGACCAAUCACGAACUCGUUUGGAGAAUCUGCACCUGCGGAAUGCAACAAUCUCAACCGAGAGCUUUCGCUAUUUGCUGCUGGAGCACGAUUUCAUCAGGAUGGAAUUGCUGCAUUGUGAGUACCUAUCUUCUGAGUGGCUAGAAUUGAUUGCUCGAUACUGUCCCCAUCUGGUGAGCUUCAAAAUUGGGCCAGCCGAAAGAGAUCGUGAUAAUAUGCCAGAUCCGCCGCGGCUCAUUCGGGAAUACAUGUCGUUCACCAGAUCACCGCAGUUACAACAACUCACCGUCUAUUGCAAAGGAAUCAACACUUCUCCUGUAAUAUAUCCGGGACCACUGCCUUAUCUCACACAUCUAACCGUGUGCAACUCCAAUGUCCCGGGUUCAACCUGGACUUUCUCGACGAUGAUAUCUCUAAGACAUCUCGUGCUUCACAAUGUGAGAUGGACAAAGUUAGCGAUGGAUUCUAUAACAACUCAUCUGCGCUUUCUAAUACAUCUAGACAUAUCUCAGGCAGACGAUCGAUUAAACCAAUACACCAAUCCCAGUGAGGUUUUAGCUAGUAUAGCAACAAAAUUGGUAUAUUUAAAAUCAUUAGAUAUAUCUGGUACAAACUUGGCUGGGACUGGCUCUGCCAUCCCAGCCCUCAAUGAAGAAGGUGCACCUGACUUAACGGAGAGUGCUCAAGUUGCUCAAGUCCGGUGUGACAUACCAGGGCUUGAGAGCCGAGUCAACAAUCCUCUGGAGUUCCUAGGCUUAUAUGGGACCCAUCACGGUGCAUGCCAGAGACAUGACAUCCCUGCCAAAGUAAUUUCAGGAGACUCCAAUGAAGAACAACUCCUAAUAGCUGCCGAGGUUUUCAUUGAGCGGCCUGCUAUGUUGUCACGGGUACUCAAUGACUUGUACUACAAGUUCCGUAUAACGGAAAGAUACAACGAUUAUGCCAGCCGCACCUUGUCUGUAGUGAUUGAUGCUAUGGAACAACAUGUUACAGAAAAACACAUACAGAUUCCGUGCAGUGCCAUCCUAUUCUAUAUAAUGAAAGGAACAGAAAAGAAUCGCAUUGGAGUUAAGCUGAAGAAACGCAUCAUAAUUUCGCUGCUGAAUGGCAUGGAAGCUUACCUAGAAGACGAGACCUUAAUGCGAAAUGGGUGCCUGACACUAUGCCAGUUUAAGAUCCCGAGCGAUAUGCUGUUUGCAUAUGAACGCGUAGUAAGUCUUUUACUGAACGGCGUCGCCAACGUAGCUAACGAUGGAUUCGUACAACGUAUUGCAAUCUAUCUCCUGAACUCUUUAGCUUGUCAUGUAGAUGGCCAGCAGAAACGUUUACUCGGCCAUCACGAUGCUAUAGAGAAAAUGUUACACCUGAUCGCCGACCGGCUUGAUAGACGUUUAUGCGACGAUGUGCUGGAGGUGGCUUGGUCAACAAUGUGGAACGUCACCGAUGAGACUCCGCAAAACUGCAGGCGUUUUCUGGAAAACCACGGCAUGCAGUACUUCUUAGAUUGCCUCAGGAAAUUCCCGGAUAAAGAGGAAUUGCUCAGGAACAUGAUGGGCCUUCUGGGCAAUGUGGCUGAAGUGGUUGAACUGAGGCCACGACUCAUGAAUACAUUGUUCCUGAAUGUUUUCAACGAGCUUCUAGAUUCUUCGAGUGAUGGAAUAGAGGUUAGUUACAACGCCGCGGGUGUGUUAGCCCACAUAGCAUCCGACGGCCCUGAAGCGUGGACUGUAGAUGAGCCAUCCCGGGACGUAGUUCUGGAGCGCUUGGCCGCAGCGGUGGAGAGAUGGGAUCGUAGAGCGGAACGGAAUAUAAACUACCGCUCCUUCGAGCCAAUAUUGACUUUGCUACACGCUUAUCACACUCCCCAGUGUCAACAUUGGGCCGUCUGGGCUUUGGCGAACCUCACCACUGUUUAUCCUUCCAAAUACUGCAGUCUGGUAGAAGCGGAGGGUGGGAUAGAGAUAUUAUAUGCGCUGCUACGCCAUCGGGCGCCAUACCAAAGGAUCAAAAAGCUGGCCAUGAUUGUUAUUAACAACUGCGAGGCCUUCAGCAAUGUUCUGCCCGAAGAACAGGUUGUGAUGUCAUUAUUAAAUAAAUAAAUACCAUCAGGUGUUAGUAGUAAAAUAAGUUUAGAUAACAUAAUAUUAUGGCAUAUGUUUAAAUAUGUCGUAAAAAAUUGUAGGCUAGGCACAUAUUAAAAAUAUUUAUUAGACGAUUUUCGACAGCUUGCAAGUUUAUUAAAAAAAUGUUUUAUGGCAUGUGCUGUUUAUUGGAAAAGAUCUUAAAUUUUUGGGAUUUGCUAAAUUUAUAGUAGUAUCGUUGCAACAAUGUGUUUCAGCCAAUAGUGAGAAAACAUUGGGCAAUCACAGGUGAUUCCGAUUGCUAUAAUUUCAAUUGAUAAAUAAAAUUGGCUGAAUCUAUCCUUAUCCUUAUACCUAUCUAUAGCCUUUCUGCUACAAGAAGACCCUAAAUUCAGCCAAUGACAUUUAUUGGAAUUUUAAUAAUGAUUGAUGUAGCUUUUUGUGACUUUGUAGCUUUUAGCUGAACUGCAUAGUUGCAGCAUAAAUACUAUCAAUUCAGCUAAUCUCAUCUAUGGGCUGGAUGUUUCUCUAUGACCUUUAAACCUUAAGUUAAUUGAUCUUUAAAUAAUGAAUCUUAGGGCCAUAGCCCACUUUCGAUAUGUGCCGCCUAUUUUAGAGGUAACUCUGCAAAGUCUACGUGAGCUAUGGUUCUGCAAUUUGUACAAUAAAUUAAUGCAUUGAAGUAUAGACUUCUUACGGGUAGUCUAUAUUUCAAUAGAAACUGUCAAGUUUGUUCCCUAUAAAUUAAAGUUAUGAGUGUAAGAUUUGAACGUCAUAGGGAAUAGCGCUCGAUAAUCUGUGUUGCCUUUUUCGCAUAAGAAGACUCUUUUGGUCAUAUGAUUAUCAUGUUAACAAUAAAAGUUAGUUAAGAAGUCAUAGAGCUUAUCAACUUUAUUAUUAUACAGUAUACGUAUUUAUGUUUACUGGUAAAAUGGUAUUUUCUGUUUAAUUAGUUCACUGCCGUUUAAAUGUAUGUAGCUGUUACAUUUGCUUUAAGUACAUUAUUAUUUUGUGAAACUAUGAUUUUUAUAGACCCAUACAAGGUCAAAAUUUGCGAUUGAUCAAAGGUUAGAAUUAGUAUGACAUGACAAUAUUCUAGAAAAGAUAUUUUAACAUUCUUAAAGAAAUUGUCAUUUCGAAAUCUCUUCUGGAAACCCUUAGUUUUAUAUAAGUAGAUAUAAAUUAUAUUUUUUGUUGUGAUAGCAAAUGAAUCGGAAAGUGUAUCAAAAUAGGCUUCUUAUGUGUAAAAUUCAAUGGUAGCUCGUGCAAGUAGGUGCAAGAAGUCUAAGUGCAAGUGCAGGAAAACAGUCGCUGAAAGGACAGCUGUGUACCCCAUCGGGUUUGAUAAUAGUGUUAUUAAACUGAAAAACUUAAUAAACAAAUAGUGAAUGGUUAAUACUUAAUAGUGAAGUGAAUAAUACAGGAGUUUAUUGAGCUUGAAGAUACAGGAAUCACUGUCGAGUCAACACAAAGGAUCCCAUCUUUAUAAAU